GUCAUGGGAAGGCGGCCCAAGCCGACGCGGGGCGCGCACCGGGCCUCUCGGCGCGCGGUCCCGCGUCCCCAGAAGCCGGGCUUUCUCCACCUUUUGGAGGCGUUAUGGUUCUGGGUGUCUCAGGAACUAAUGUUGAAUGGACAAGUCUGGAGCUGCAGGACCCUUUGUGGGCCAGAGGCUGGGGCCCCUCGACACCCACCCUAAACUUGCAAGAUGCGCAUCACCUUCUGUCAGGGCGUGUUAGCAGCCGCCAUCGCCAUUAACCUGCUGAUCCUCUAUUACAUCUCAAGGCUGCAGCAGCAUGUCUUACAGCGGCACAGGGACCAUGCGCAACCCAGUUCCCCUCAGCACCUCGGCCCCCUCCGCCCUGGUGUGACGAUCCUCAUCCGAGAGUUCGAAGAUUUUGAGAACUACGUCCCCAGCGUGGUUCAGUCUUUCCUGAAACAGAAACCAGAGCUGCCUGUACUGGUUGUGGCAGACAGCUUGCCAUACCCUCCCUUGAUUCUCCCCAAGGCUCCCAAUGUUCAGGUUGUCAUUCUCAAGCCUUCCCCAGCUCAGCCUGCCUACGUAUUCAGGCCUGAGGCUUACGUGAGGACGGAGUAUGUGGCCCUGGUACCUGACGGGGUGAGAGUGGAUUCCAUAUCACAACUGGAGGACAUGCUGGAGGAGUACAAGCGUAGCCAAGGGAAAGCUGAGAUGGUCGCCGCUCCAGUGCAUUCACUGAUGCCCUUCCGGUGCCUUAACCUCAAGGUUAACCUUAAGGAAUGGACAGCGGAGUAUAGUGAGGCGCCUCCUUCCUCCAAGCUGUGCACUGCCUUGAAGGGGAAAGCCGUUGUCCUUCUCCGCACCAAGAAUCUGUUCAACCUUUCCAUGCCCUUGGCCAAACCCUUGCUGACCUCCCUCUUCAUCCAGACUUCUCUGCGAGGAUGGGCUGUCCGCAUCCUUGAUAUUUCCUUCUCAGUGCUUCACCAGCCUUUGUUCACCUCCUCCCAUAACCAGUGGAAGGCUGAUAACCUUGUCAAGUCCAAUCAACUACAGCUCUUCCGGGAUUUUGGCAUCAAGCAGGUGAUUCUGGAGGAAGGAAAGGAGCAGUGGUUUGGAUGCAGCAAGGAGACACCGCGGUGUUUUGGCACCAUUCAUGAUGACACACCUGAAUACCUCUACCAGAACCGCUGGACUCCACCUUGCUGUCUUAAAGCACUGAGGGAGACAGCCAAAUAUGUCAUUAACAUCUUGGAAAUUUCUGGGGUACGGUACUGGCUGGAAGGAGGGACACUUCUUGGGGCAGCCCGUUACCAGGACAUCAUCCCAUGGGAUUAUGACGUUGACCUAGGUAUUUAUCUGGAAGAUAUUCCCAAUUGUGAAUUACUCAGGAACGCAGAGUCUGGUUCCAUCGUGGAUGAGAAAGGCUUUGUUUGGGAAAAGGCCAUUGAGGGCGACUUCUAUCGGGUACAGUACAGUGAACACAAUCAUUUGCACGUUGACUUGUGGCCCUUCUACUCUAAGAAUGGCUUGAUGACCAAGGACACAUGGAUGGACCAUCGGCAAGACAUUGAGUUUCCCGAGCAUUUCUUGAAGCCCUUGGUCCCCAUCGAGUUUGCUGGCUUCAUUGCUUUGGCGCCCAACAAUUACCGGAGCUUCCUGGAGCUGAAGUUUGGGGAAGGGGUGAUUGAAAAUCCAGAAUACCCAAACCCAGCACUGAAGAGCAUGAAUACGGGAAGAUAAGGGAACCUUUGCCAUGGGCCCAGCUGCUAAGGGGGAGAUCUUUAGGUCUCUGAAAGCUAAAAUCUUCCCUUUGAUAUGAAUUGAGAAUGAAUCUUUGCUGCACUUGGGGGGUUACCCAUCUAUUGCUGGUCCCUCAGCAUCUCUUCAGAACUCGGGGAGAUGUUUGCAACAAUCAGUGGAUUCAGAGUACGGCCCAGAGGGCCGUUCUGCAUUUCCUUUCUAGGAGCAAUCAGCCCGAUGCUUCCAUGACACUCAUUCCUAGGCCGUGAUAACCAUAACUCAGUAUUCUUUAUCGUCAGCAGCUGGUAUUCAAAGGUAGACUGCCUCUGCACUCAGCUAUGAUUGUUACAUUUGAAAAAGACGAACGCUAGAGAGGACAAUUGUCUUUUAAAAUACAAGUGUGUGCUGGAUCACCUGAAGAGAAAAAAAGACUGCUGUUCAUUUUGGCAACGGGCACCUGACAGGGCAAACAGACAUGCUGACUUUCACAAAGUGGCCUAGAAUAAGGGAGAAAGUAGGAAGGAUCAAAAGUGAAGGUCCUGUCAUUGUCCUAGGACUGAAAAAUGUGACACCCCCCCCCCCAAUUCAGUUCUCCCUUUCUUCAAAAUUACUUAAGAAGAUUGGCAUGGUGCUCAGACAAGAACCAGCAGUAAGUUUUACAAGAGAAAGCUAGGCACUGAAAAAAGUUGGACAGGUUGUUCCUAAGACGGCCCUGCCCAACCAGUUAGCCUACAACGGUGUUGGACCGCUUCCAGGAAUUCCAUGCCAGCAUGGCCUGUAAAUCUCGAUGCCAGGUGCAGGAAGAUUGUCCUAGAAAUGUGUAAGAAGGGACCUGCACUGUUUUCCCUGGUCAGUGGCAAUAAGGCAGGCAGAAGCUGUGGCUAAGGCUCAGGAAAAAAUGAAAGAAAAGCCCUCUCUUUUUGAGAAUAACCCUGCUUCUGUGAUCCUUUGAACUACAUUCUUUGAAGUUAGGUUCAUGAUUAACUGGGCAGGAAGUUUUCCUCUGUCCCCUGAGAUGUCUUCUCAGACAGGUGUCCUGAGGAACACAGCCUCCGGUGGCUGGGUGUCCUCCACAUGUUGGGAGAAAGGGGGCAUGUGGAAUAUAGGUGCAAGGACAGCUUGAAUGAAUGGGAGCAUGGGCCUCUGGUUAUGCCUCUACUGUGAACAUGCGCUUUUUUGAAGAAUGAAAGAACAGAGUUCCUCAUUCUGUUCUCCUCCCUUCUCCAAAGCCCCUGAACUCCAUUGGCUUUUAUCACAUUUGGGCUUAUUCCACACCCGUUUGGGGCUGUUCCCUCACUUUAUCUUGCUAGCAACCAGCAAUUGAUAAGUGCUAGGUGUCAGGCUUGGCAUGGAGUUUCCAUUGGAUGAGUCAUAUCCUGAAAUUGCUUGGUUUUAAAACAAUAAAAAUAAAAACAAUGUGCCACUAUCCUGUAACUUGGCAAGGUUCUUAUUUAAUGCUGUGAAUUUUUUUUUCUUUUGGAAAAGGGCCAGAGAACAGCUUUGUAAAAUCAGGGUCAAAAAUGAGCACACUCAGAAGAUGCUGGAUUAGACACUUGCCAAAAAAAAUAUUACAAAUGUGAAUGGGCUUCUUUAAAAAAGGAGGAAUAACUAAAACAAGUUGCUAAAAUACAGUUUGAUUUCAGUCCAAAUUCCUGCAGGGAUGUGUUAAAAUGUUGGAUGAGUUUGGGGUUUGAAUGGG